AAAAUGCUAUCCCUUAAAAAUGUUAAAUACUAUAGGUUCGCGUUCUUCUUACGAUUGAGCAAAAUAUUAAAUCAUGGAGGAACAACGCAUUUAAACACGUUUUUAUGCAAGCUAUGGCUUUUUAACAUAGAGAAAACACGGGAAUACAUUGUAAUCUAGCACGUAUUUAUUAAAUGCAAUGAUAGAUUAUUAUUUUACGGACAAUAUUGUUGCUAAAAUAACACUAUUCAAUGAACGGUGUGAACAUUGCCUAUAACUACUGAAUUUACAUUUUUUUAUUCUAUACACCACUCGAAUUAUUAUUAUUAUUAUUAUUAUUAUUAUUAUUAUUAUUAUUAUUAUUAUUAUUAUUAUUAUUAUUAUUAUUAUUGAUUCGUAAACCAGUAACAAACAAAGAUAUGCAUGUAAAUCUAAAGUCUACUCUUUAAAAUAGCACGAAGUUAAUCUUUUUUUUUAAGCGAAAACACAAAUAACGUCGUAGCCCUGCUGGAACUAUAAAUAAAACGUAUAGUGCUGCAAUGAAUGCUAACCUUUAUUCGACCCCAAUCCCAAGUCCCUCGGUUAAACAAAACAGUGCACGUCACUCUCCAGACGGUGGCGCAAGAUGAUAACUCAAGCAGAAAUUGAAGCAAGGGCGCCCCUCCAGUGCGCGCUCCUGAGCUUCAACAUCCACCCGUCUUUCCUAUUUGUGCACGAGUUUACCUCUGGAGUUCAUCAAGCAGGAUUUACGACUGGACAACAAAAGCACGUGAUCCCAAGUCGUACCCCAUAUUUGGGUGCCUACGUAGGAGCGAACCGAGUACUUGUCCCAGUCAUUUCCAUAAUUCAUCAUAAAUUGUGCUGGGAUGCUAUAGACGCACAAAACGACCAAGAGCCACAAAUCAAGCACAGAUACACACACACACACAAACACACACACACAUACACAUACACACACACACACACACACACACACACACACAUCUAUCUAUCUAUCUAUCUAUCUAUCUAUCUAUCUAUCUAUCUAUCUAUCUAUCUAUCUAUCUAUCUAUCUAUCUAUAUAUUAAAAAAACAAACAACCAAAAUAAAAAAAACAACAAAUGAGCUCUUAUUUCGUAAACUCAUUCUGCGGUCGUUAUCCUAAUGGCACGGACUACCAGUUACAUAAUUAUGGAGAUCAUAGCUCGGUGAACGAGCAAUACAGAGAUUCCGCGACCAUGCAUUCCAGCAGGUACGGCUACGGUUACAAUGGGAUGGAUCUUAGCACUGGGCGCUCGACCUCGAACCACUUUGGUGCUGGUGAAAGUGCUCCCAGCUAUGCAUCUAGUGCAACAACAGCAUCUGCAGAAACCAGGUACAACCAACCUGCAACAGCAUCCCACUCGCCUCCACCUGACCCACUACCUUGUUCUACUGUUGCCAGCUCGCCUGUCAGCGAGCCUCGCCGCGCUGUAAAAAACUCCAUAGCUAGCCCCACUACCUCUUCCUCCACUUCUAACAACAACAGCAGCAGCACUCACUUAUGCAGAGAUGGGCUUGGAAAGUCGUCUGGUACUGAGGAUGACACUCCGGCAAGCAACGGCCAGAUAAGUUCACAGAACGGGCAAAAUGCAUCGGAAUCAUCACAACCCCAGAUAUACCCGUGGAUGAGAAAGCUACACACGAGUCACGACUCCAUGGCCGGACCAGAAGGGAAACGAGCUCGGACCGCCUAUACGAGAUACCAGACCCUGGAGCUCGAGAAAGAAUUCCACUUCAAUCGGUACCUGACGCGGAGACGGAGGAUCGAAAUCGCACAUGCUCUGUGCCUCUCUGAGAGACAAAUUAAAAUCUGGUUCCAAAAUAGGAGAAUGAAGUGGAAAAAAGAUAAUAAGCUGAAAAGCAUGAGCAUGGCAGCUGCAGGAGGCGUCUAUCGCACUUAAUUUCGAAGCACUUCACAAAGUACUGGCAAUGGAAGAUGGACUAUUACCGUAAAAUCAGUACUAUAGAGACUUCCCAAACACGUGUGUACUUCUCUGAGAAUAGAAGAACACAAAAUAAUAACACCACCUUGCUCUAUUCCAGUCUUUUAAACAUGUGACCUGUUUAUUAUCGUAUAAUAAUGCUUGAAUGAGUAGGCCUGCUUUCUGUAAAUCUUUUGUCUUGAAUCUGUAUAGUCUUAACACAAAAAGUAGAUGUUUUAACUUAUUUACUGUAAUGCUGAAAGAAAGCGUGUGUUACUUGAAGUAACAGUAAAAUCUGUUUAGUACAAUUGUUAUGUGUUGCUCUCGAACUGCAAAAUGGUGUGUGUGUGUGUGUGUGUGUGUGUGUGUGUGUGUGUGUGUGUGUGUGUGUGUAUGUAUGCUUAAAUGUCUAAAUAGCUUCAAGCUGUAAGAAAAAAAAGAAACUUUGGUUUCAAACUACCUAUUUUCUUUGUAACCGAUGCUAUCGUUAAUUUAAAUAUUGCAAUACUACCUAUCUUGUAACAGUGUAAAUUUAGUGCGUUGUGACCACGUUAAGGAACUAUGAGUCCAAAACAGUAUGUCCUUGCUGUGCCUUUGUAUGACUCUUUGCACGAACUCUUAAAAGCGCAUCUACAGUAAUGUUGUUUUUUGUUUUUGUUUUUUCUGUGAAAAAGAGUAUUCAGUAUAGUCCAGGCUGUCUGAACAUAUCGUAAUAAGCUUUUGUAUUUGUUUUUAAGACUGACUGGAAAUUAAAAAAAACAAAACAA